GUGACAGCAGCAGCACACCGCCAGGGAGAGCGCGGCGGAGUGAAGAUGUGAAGGUGGAAUCAAUCCGACUCAGCAGCAGCACUGGGUUUCUCUGAAGAAGAACAAGACACAACUGACAUUCUCACACAGCAGGAACAGGAGCUUUAGUUUGGAUUUUUAUAAAAACUGGAAAUAUUCUUUUCUUAUUUUCUGUCUCUGUCCACCUCAGAUAUUAUACUGGAAGCAGUGUUGCGGAGAGUAAGGAGCAUCGUUUACGUUCACUGGAUAUUUAUUUUUAAUUACACAAUUUGGAAGGAGUAAACUGCUCCGUGAAGAUUUCCUCUCUCGCUUUAUGGGAUCAUUCUCGACGAAGACGCUUUGUUUUGGAUAAGAUCAACAUCGGGCAUCAUGAGUUCCAGUGCAGCUUAUCACCAAGGCUCUGCGGGUGGUGAACAAAGUUCUGGACCAAUCCGGUGCCAGCGAUGUCGGGAAGUAUGCAAAGGAGAGGUGGUACGAGUGCAAGACACCCACUUUCACGUCAAGUGUUUCACCUGCACCGUGUGUAACUGUGAUCUGGCACGAUCCGGCUUCUUCCAGAAGAAAGGAGAGUACAUCUGCACGGCAGACUACCAGCGGCUCUACGGUACACGCUGCGACCGCUGUGACAGCUUCAUCACAGGAGAGGUGGUCUCCGCUCUGGGACGCACAUACCACCCCAUGUGCUUUGUCUGCAGUGUCUGCAGUAAACCCUUCCCCAUUGGAGACAGAGUGACAUUCAGUGGAAAGGACUGCGUGUGCCAGCAGUGCUCUCGCACACUCGUCAAGCCAAAUGAACCGAUCAAGAUCCACGGGCCCAGCCACUGUGCCGGGUGUAGAGCCGAGAUCAAGCAGGGUCAGUCUCUCCUGGCGUUGGAGAAACAGUGGCACGUCAGCUGCUUCAGAUGUCGGACCUGCAACAUGGUCCUCACCGGAGAGUACAUCAGCAAGGAUGGAGUGCCAUACUGUGAGGCAGAUUACCAUGCCCAGUAUGGGGUGAAAUGUGAGACCUGCAGCAGAUACAUCAGUGGAAGGGUUCUGGAGGCGGGGGGGAAACACUACCAUCCGACCUGCGCUCGAUGCUCCCGCUGUAACAUGAUGUUCAAAGAGGGAGAGGAAAUGUACCUGACAGGAUGUGAGGUGUGGCACCCAUUAUGCAAGCAGGCAGCGAGGGCAGAGAGGAGACUCAGGCACAGACGCCUGUCAGAGGCCUCCAUCUCUCCACCGGGCUCCUCCAUAGGCUCUCCCAGCAGGGUUAUAUGUGCCAGAGUGGCGAAUCAGAUCCUAGAUUAUAAGGACCUAGCUGCCCUGCCAAAGGUCAAAGCCAUAUACGAGGUCCAACAGCCAGAUCUCAUAUCCUCCUCAUACCAGCCCUACAACAGAUACACCUCUGAUGACAGGCUAGAAACUUACGGCUAUGGGGAGUCACUUAGGACACUCUCUCCUUAUUCUCAGGACUACGACAGCCUGGAUAUAAAGCAGAGGCGGUGCUCCAGUCCAGGUUAUAUUGACUCGCCGACGUAUAGUCGCCAAGGCAUGUCACCAAUCAUGCCUCGCUCUCCGCAGCACUAUGCCUACCCUGGCUCUGAGAGUGGCAGGAGUUCACCUUAUUACGGCCAAGAGGGGCGGUCAAGCACACCCACCACAAACCAGCCCCCUAAACAUUUUCAUGUACCAGACAAUCAUGUGGACACAGCCACCAAAAGCAGGACCAGCGAGGACAUCGUCAGAUCCUCCAGACUGUCCACCUCCUCUCCUGAGCCAUACACCCAGUCAGAGUUGGACUACUACCCGUACACCAGCUCGCCAAAAACCUAUCGGGCGCCGAGAAGACGCUUCUCGACAGGAGGAGAUGAAGAGAGUUGGAGUCACAGUCUUCAAAGAAUCGGGAGUGGCAUCGGGAGGAUGAUCCUAAAGGAGGAGAUGAAAGCCAGAUCUGGUUCCUAUGACAACGACCCCUGGGGCAGUGCAAGGAAUUCUCGUAGUGGGAGCAAGGAAACACUCAACACUACAGGCUACGGCACCACGGCGUACAACAACACUGUCAACGGAUCUCUCAGAUCUCAGUACAGCGCUGAUUGUGAUUCUGUUUGUAAGUCCGCAUCACUGCCAGGAUACGGACGCAACGGCAUCCAGAGGCCUCAGAGUGCUGACUGCUACCAGUACCACUAUGACAGUGGCAGCGAGGUCAACUGGGGAAGCAGAGCAGAAUACACGAUUUACCCCUACGAGGAGCUCAUUGUCACCACCAGAGGUCGCAACAGGCUGCCCAAAGAUGUAGACAGAGCCAGACUGGAGCGUCACCUGUCCCCAGAGGAGUUCCUCCAAGUGUUUGGCAUGACUGUGGAAGAUUUUGACCGGCUGGCUCUGUGGAAGAGAAAUGAGCUCAAGAAACAGGCCCGACUGUUUUAAUAACAUGGACGUGCGUUGAAUACUGCCAUAACUAGAGCGAGAGGCUUGACAGACUGUAGGAGGGGAAGAAAGAGAUAUGUAGAUUUCUGUUCAGUUUCACUGCCAUGGCUGAGAACCUGUUCUAGAUCUCCUCAUAUGACCCAACAAAUUCUGGUCACACCAGCGUGAACUUCUAAGAUAGGGCCUACCGAGGUAAGGCCACAGAGACAUUAUGCACAGAUGGACUGAAACUGUUACAUGGCUGUCCAUGUAACUUUGGCAGAGUGCCAGAGUGGUGUGUAAGCAAUAGAGACUGUAGUACAUUAGUGAUGUGCUUCUCUUAAGCCUGGAGGCUGGAGGAAGGCAUGGCUGUGCCCCUAUAAGGCCACACGUGGGGGUGUCUGUGACCAGAGCCGCAGUGCUAAAACAUAAAGAGGAGAUUUUUGGCUUUGCCUUAUUUGUUAUGCUCUCUUAGUUAUGAGUGUGCAGCACCAGCAAUCUUAAUGAGUAGAAUGUAGAUUCACUAUAUCAUUUGUGACACUUUAUCAAUGUGAAUGAUUAGAUGAGAAGAAUGAGUGAGUGAGCGAGCGAGCAUACAGCAUCACUUUGCUUUGGUUUAUAAGAAUGCAGUUUGUUUACCUGUGCUUUCCUUUUCACCUGAAAUACUGUGUCCCUCUGGUUUACACUAAUUGAUAUAGAAUGAAACAAGUAACAAUCUGAGAUAGACGCAACUUUUUUAAUUGUAUUUGUGACCUGAUUGAUAUGUGUGCAAAUAAAAACCAGAGUGAGAAUGCAAAUACAGAUUAGCAGAUCACUUCAAUGUAAUCUUCUGGUUAAAUAGGUAAAGGUCACCAAUAUACAGUUCACUGUGCAGCUGUAUGGUAACCUAAAAGUAUGUGCAAUCCAGUACAUUAAGUACAUACAGGAAACACCAAUUCAGUCCUGCUCCAUGCUUUCCAGCUCAUUGCAAUUGAAUGACUGUUUUAGGAUGAAGACUGUAUUUAUCCAUACAUUUAAAUGUACUAUUAGUUAUAUUCUUUUUAGGAAUAAUAGCCCAUUAAUUUUGUAGCUACAGAUAGUAUAUCCACUCUGCAAGGUAUUUAACUCACUGACAAAGAUUCAGGGUUGUUAUUUUUGAUUUUGUCACUAAACAAUUAAACUUGAAACAAAUUCA